AUGCAUUCGCUAAACGGGUUUGCAAAUAUGCAGUCAGAUCAACGUGAUGUCAACAGCAUGUUUUCUAAGCUUGCUAUCAAUGAGUCACAGAAAUACUAUAGCAAAUAAAGCACCACAAUAGAUUCCUCGCAAAUUAAUAUCUAAGCUAAAGAGAUUGGCUCGGAAAAUACGAAUACACAGCAAACAUCUAUUUACCCUGAGUCCCUUUUUUCAAGAGCAUUUACUGAUAACUUUGACUAGAGUUAUAGACAGACAACACUCGACAACAGAAAUUAGCAAAUCCAACCUAAAACAGAGCUUAGCAAUGACUACUAAUCUGUAUCUUUUAACGCGAAGUAAAUAUAUUGGCAAAUAAUGAAUAAUAGUGGCAGGGGAUCCUUUACAAGUAGACAGAGCUAAGUAAAGAACACUUCGACAGAAAAAUCAAAUGAGGUAAUGAUCAGCAACAUAGAUCGAGAGACAACAGGAUGCAUCUUGAAUGAUCUCAAUGUUCAUGACGUGAUUGAUCUAGACUAUAAACUUAUUAAAUAGUGCAUCUUGAUUGUCAAGUUUCAAAACUAAGAGUCAGCUAACUGGGCAAUUUAGAAAUAUGACGGAGCCAAUAUCAAUGGAAGAAAUUUAAAAGUCAACAUUAUGAUGUCAAAACAAAUUAGAGGAGGUAGAAGAUAGAAAAGUAAAACAAAACUGUUCGAAAUAAAUGAGAACCUAGCAGACGGAGACGAAGAUCAUGGAUCUUCUGACACCAGUGAUGAAGCAAACAAAGUAAGAUCAGUAAGCUUAAACAACCCUAGCUCUACCUCAUCAGUAAAAAAGAACUUAAAUAAUACUCAAUUUGGCGAUAGAAAUGCUAUGCCCACUGAGUAACCUAUCCACAUAAAAAGCCAUCUUGAAAAUAAUAUAUUAAACUCUAAAAUUGCAGGAGGAGUUUAGAUUAACUAAAAUAACUCCCAAAUCCUCGGUUACAUGAAUUAAAUACCUUAGCAGAAAUAAUCAUAGCAAUAAUACUUUAAUCAGAUGGCAUAUUAUGGCCCACAGAUACAAAUAAAUCAAUAACCUUUGCAAAAUUAAAUUCAACAAAAUUAGAACCAAUAAAACAUGUUGCAAUUCAAUAAUAGUUAGAUGCCAUUUAUUGGGAAUCCAAAUUAAACUUAUAUCUAAUAAUAGCCCAAUUUUAUGCAAGGCUAAAUUUAGAACCAACCUGUAGUCGUUUAGAACCCGAAUGUCUAUAUCAAUGCUACUGGACUAUAAAUGAAUGAGUUUCAGCAGUAAAAUUAGUUUAUACAGAGAACAUCAUUGAAUGCCAUUUAAGGGAAUACCCCCAUACCAGCUUAGAGAUAAUUAUAGUAAUUCAUGAUGAAUGCAAAUAAUCAAAGCAGGAAUAAUUUGAAAUUGAAAAAUUAAGUUGGCAAAGAAGAGUUAUCUAAGACAUAAGAUUAAACUACAAAGAGGUUGAGCAAUUUGUCAACUGGCUUAUAACUGUCAACUUCAAACAAUAACAACAUAAACAAUUAGAGCAUGAGCAACUUGUAGAAUACAGAUGAUCAAGAGAAUGUCUAAGACCAUAUGAGUGAUCAUUAUUCUUCAGCUUUUGGUUACAACUCCUCCUCAUCAGGGCUAAUGAUACAAUAGCCUUAACCAUAGUAAAAUCUGCACUUUAGUGUACUUGAAAAUUAAAAUAGCCUCGGCAUAAUUAAUGGAAGCAUCGAUGCCUCACAAGAGGAUAAUUUAUCAAAUAGGUUAAGGGACGAUGAAAUGACAUGGCAGCCUUAGAAUGAUAAUGCAUUUGGAUCUGAAACAGAAAGUAACUAAUAAAACAUGAUUAAUGCCAUAUAUACCUAAAAUAUGAAGAAUAUUUCAACAAAAAGUGAUUCUGAUCAAUCUUAUCCAAUGAUGCAAUAAAUACCCUUACCAUAAUAUCAAAGUCCAGUUGAGUAGAAAUUUGCCAUGACUUCCAGAGGACAAAAAAAUCUCAACAACUCUCUAGAACAGAUAUUUCAAGGCCCAAAUUCUGGUCGCUAGUCACCAGCAUUCUCAACACCAGGAUCGAUUAAACAUACUAAUUCUUUCAAUAAAUUUAAUUCAAGUUAAACAUUGGGUGCAAUCUUUAGAAAUAACAAUGAAAUUAAUGCUUUAUCUAACACACAUUAAGGUGCACCUAUUCAUAAUAGGAAUUUUUCAGAUUAAUAGCCAUUCUAUCAAUCAGAAAUGAUGCAAAAGCAUUAGUAAUUUUACAUGAGCCAAAAUAUCAAUACAAAUUACUUAAAUUAGUCGAUGCAAAUUAAUCAAAUGCUUUAUUAAAAUAAUUACUUGUCAGCAUCAUCAUCAGAUUUGCAUAACAAUAUAAGCUAAUAUGGCCUACCAUUAUCAACUAAUUGUCAACCUCUGUUAAGCUCAUCAAAUUCAUCUUUUGAUAUUAGUCUCAGUACAGGCUAAAAUAGGAAGAAGAAGUACCUAAAGGAAUUUAAAAAUCAUCAAUCUUUGAAAAAUGCUUAUAGUGAUUCUUCAUUUUUAAGUUAGGAUUCGCAAAACUAUGAGUUAGACAUAGAAAAAAUUAAAAAAGGGGAAGACUUAAGAACAACCAUUAUGAUUAGAAACAUCCCUAAUAAGUAUGUACAAACUACAUUAUUGAAUGAAAUCAACAAGAACCACCAAGGAAAAUAUGAUUUUUUGUAUCUUCCUAUAGAUUUCUAAAAUCAGGCUAAUGUAGGCUAUGCUUUCAUAAAUUUUGUGGAUCCUUUAUUUAUUCUUGAUUUCCAAAAAGAGUUCCAUAAACGCAAAUGGGCUAAAUUCAACUCACAAAAGAUAUGUGACAUAAGAUACGGUCGAAUUCAAGGACUCUAUUUGUUAAGUAAUCAUUUCAAGAGUUCAAGCGUUUUAAAUCAAUAGGACGAAGGAUUAAGACCCAGAAUCUUUGAGUAAAACAACAAGAAAGACUGGUCGUAUGAACUUAGUAAAAUAUGCCAGAAGUAUGGCAUUUAAUAGCAGUAUCUUGGAAGAUUUAGCAGUAGCGGAGGACUGAUCUCGACAAUGGCACAAAAUAGCCUUAAUCAUAGCAUGACUACUGUUAAGAACAAUUAUGGCGGCCAAACCGCAAGUGAUACUCAGCAUAGCAUCGAUAUUCAAUCUUUGCAACUUCCUAAUGAUGAUACAAAAGCAGCAGAACCAGAAGAAUUCAAAAGCUAGUGA